CGUUACCCAAUGAUCACAUCGACUAGUGCAGGAUAAUUGAGCAUGGAGGCCUCAAUUCCGGUGAUCGACCUGUUGUCGCCAGGUUCCGCGGGUGCCAUCGCCGACGCUUGCGGCAGCCACGGCUUCUUCAAGGCCGUGAACCACGGCAUGGACGUGGGCAUCGUGGAGACGCUCGAGGCCGAGGCGAUGUCCUUUUUCGCGCUGCCCGCGGGUGACAAGUUGAGCAGCUCUGCCGACCUCAGCAACCGGCUCGGCUACGGCUGCCGCAACAUCGGCAACAACGGCGACGUGGGCUCGGUGGAGUACCUGCUCGUGUCCACCGUUAAUUCCAACUCAACUAUGCCCAUCGCACUUUGCAACGCGCUGGAUGAGUACAUGAGGAUAGUGCAGGAGGUGGCGGGGAGGGUGCUUGUGCUGAUGGCGGAAGGGCUGGGGAUGGAGGACACGGACGUGUUCAGGGGCAUGGUGCAGAGGAAUGGCAGCGACGAGUUGCUACGUGUGAACCACUACCCGCACUCGCUGCGGCUGGAAGCGCCGGGCUCCACAGGGUUCGGCGAGCACACGGACCCUCAGCUCAUGUCGCUGCUGCGCUCCAACUCCGUCUCGGGGCUGCAGAUCGCGCUGCUCGACGGCACCUGGCUCCCCGUCGCGCCCGACGCCGAGUCCGUUUUCAUCAACGUCGGAGACGUCAUGCAGGUCCUCACCAACGGUAGGUACAGGAGCGUGAGGCACAGGGUGGUGGCACAGGCUGGGGAAGGCGUCCUGUCAAGGCUCUCCAUGGUGUACUUCGGCGGCCCUGCGCCGACGCAGUGGAUCGUGCCCAUACCCAAGCUGGUGCGGCCGCUGGACCUCAUCUUGUACAAGGGAUUUUGGUGGGACGAGUACAUGACGGCCGCGCGCAGGACCAAGCUCGCCACCUGCAGACUAGAACCCUUCCUGCUCCAGCAGCUGCCCGCCCGAGAAACACCCCAGUCCGCAACCGUCUUGCUACUGAAUACUACUACUGCUACUACUCCGGAGUAGAGGUAUCGAUUAGGCCUCUAUGUAAUAUCUAUUGUUCCCUCCAUCUCGUCAAAUUUGUGAAGCAGCAAGUACCAGACGCACUCUUUUCCUUACCAGGGUACCGAAGGGGACUGGAAGGUUUUUAAUGAGGCGGCUUGCUGACUUAAUAUAUUGGUUUUCAAAAAAAAAUAUUGUUCCCUCCAUCUUGUCAAAUUUGUCUAAAAUUUGAAUGUAUCUACUUACUA